AUGGCGCCGAGGAAAGCCGUGAGUCCAGCGAAACCUCGCCGCAUCACCCGCGCCCGAGCAGCUGACGCCGUCGACACCGCUGCUACCACAAACACCGAAGAAACAUCCAAGCGCCGAACCGCCAAAGCCUCUGCCGUUCCGACCACAAGUCGGGCACAGGCUCUCGAGGCAAAGUCCCGGGUUACCAAGAAGUCGGCAUCGACAACAGCGAGUAAAGCGACAAAGGGCGGACGAACAAACACGAGGUCUGUUAAAGCGGUGGCGGCUGCAAAAGAGGAUGACAGUGAUCACGAUGAAGAAGAAGAAGAACAGGUGAUAGAGGUCACAGUUACCAAGCCACCAGUCAAACCAUCGAGGACGUCCACGCGGACCACGGCAAACCCCUCAGUCCCGGCCACGACUGCCGGUCUCGCAGCAGCACCCAGACGUCGAGUAAAGGUAACGCCGAUUAUUCAGAAUGAGCCUCACACUGAGCCUGCCGCACCGCCGCCUGCGGAAGAAGUCAAGCCGGAAAAGAAGCCAUCUGUAAAGGCAAAGAAGGAAAAGGCCACCCGGGAGGAGACAAAGCCUGCUACGCUACGAAGCAAGAAAGAAACUGAGUCUGGGAAAAAGAGCAAGGGUGCAAACUUGGAGAGUACAAACCCCGAACCCAAAAAGCGAGGACGAGGACGAUCUGCGCAGAAUGAUCUGGAGCCAGAAGAAGAAGCUCCUCAAGAGUCCACGUCCACAGCAACCAAGUCGCGCGGAAGGCCGAAGAAGGAGAAGAUUGCUGCACCAUCAGUGGAAGAGACCAAGCCUGCGCCUGUCACCACUAGGCAGACUCGAGCGAGGGCCGGAUCCACAAACUCAUCUGUUGUUGCAGAGCCUGCGGUCAGUGUUGUGGUCCCUUCGAAGAAGAAGAAGGUGACUUUCGAGGCUCUUCCUGAAGACGAGGAUGAGAAAGAGAACAAACUCCCCAGAACCAUGGCUAAGGCCAAGAGCACAAAGCCACAGUCAGCUGGAUCUAAGAAAACCGAGACGGCAGCCACCGGCAUGCGUGCUAAACCGAUUCGGAAGCCUGCCACUGGUAGAGCGACAAAAGCCACUCGAGGAACGCCUGCAGUCAAACCACUAGAGUCCAAACCUCAAGCAGAGGUUGAGAUCACCGGCAAGAUCCACCCUCGAGCAUUAACCCCCAAGAAGAUUACACAGGUCGCAAAAGCACUGCCCGUCGAUAGUGACGAUGAUGAGGAAGAUGAACUCGCCGGAGCUAAGACUCCAGUCCGAGAUCUCAGCCUCUCACCCAAGCGCGGACCCGGGGCUUCAGCGACUCGACUGUUAUCGCCCGUCAAGAGACUCGACUUCUCACCCGCGCUCCACCUGGUAUCACCACUGAAAGAUGAUGCGUCCGGGGCUAUGAGCAUGCUGAGUCCGCCACGACGGCCGGCUUCUCCAGUCAAGGACUCGCUGAAGGAGUCUCCUCGACGAGCUCCAGAGGGCGUUACAAUCUUCCGAGCCAGUGUGCCAGACACCCAUAUUAGCGGCUCUUUGGUUCUGGAUCCUUCCAACACACAAUCCAUUCUCCACCAAUCCCCAAAGAGAGGCUUGUCCGAUAGAAUCGUCUUUCCCCCAUCGGCCGUAAAGUCGCGAACCACUCCACUCAAGGCCUCACUGUUGUCCUCACCUGCUAGACGCCUCUUCUCGGCUUCUAAAGACAGGACGCCCGCUCAGCUAUCACACUCGGUCAGGAAGACUGUCAUGCAAGACUCAUCGGAAUCACCUGCCCAUGGCGAGGCAGAGUUGCAAGAUGAAGAGAGCGAAGAAGUGGCAGCGUCCUCGCAUUUCAGAUCAUCUGUUUCACCUCAGCGGUCGGCCAGGGUGUACAGAAUGAGUGAAGACGAGUUAGUCCAGGAACUCGACGGUGAGGUGGAUUUCGAUCAGUCCGUGCUGAAUGUUAGAAGUCCUCUGAAGGUUGAUAAGCUGAACCCGCUUGUUGAGGCUCCAGCAGAGGAGAUGGUUCUGGAUGAUGCGCCUAUUGAAGGUGAUUUACAUCCACAUGCGGAGGAAAACAACCAUGAAGAGUGUAUGGAAGUUGAUGGCGCCGACAACACAGCUCCAGUUCGCGCAGCUGACGCGGACGAGACCAUUGUGGAUCCAGAACUUGAAGCUGGCGACACCUCAGAUGAAGAGGAGGCAACGGGCAUUGUUGAGCCCCACGAUGUACAGGCUGAAGCCACUGGAGAUAUCCCACAAGCUGCCGAGACUUCUGUCAAGAAACCCAGAAUGUCAGACGCUAUCUUCAACCGCCUUCGACAAAUCGACGAUGAGUCUGAAGAUGAGCUCGCUGCAGAUCAUACACCAGACAACCGAGUUUUCAGACACAUUUUCCGGCCUAGCAUGAGCAGUGCCGAAAUUCGGUCUCGUGUCUCGGCUGGAAUCGUCCCGGAGAGCGCAUCGAAAAACUUGGGCUUCACUCCUCUGGCGGCGCAAGUCCAAGGCUGGCAUGCUGCCAGUCCCGAGAAGAAGCCCACUGUCGCUUCCAAGUCACGGGGGCUGUUUUCGCCUGUUGCUCAGAUGCACAUUUCUGGCUCAGUCGAGCUGAGCAGGCCAAAUACUCCAGGCCGUGAAUUUUCGAAACGAAAGUCAACAGCCAGCAGGUUUUCUCUGGCCCCUUCAAUGACUGAGAGCCCUACGAAACCAGACUUCUUCGCCGAUGGGAUGGCUGCACAAGACUUUGAAGACCAGGUAGAAGCUAGUGCUGCUGCGGCGGAAGAGGAGGAUCUUCACAACUUGAUUUCGCAAGAUAUUUCGGAGCAUCAGAAUCCUGAUCAAAUGGAAGUUGAGGUCGACAGUGAAGCUGAGGCCACAUCAGGGGAAAGUAUGGGCAAGACGAGCACAGAGUUGACGACUGACCUGGUCAAUUUCACUAAUGCGUCCGAUACCGCCAUGGUCGAUUUCGAGGCUCUGGCACAUGAAGCUGAAGACCUUGCAGCUCAAGAAGGGCAUGGCGAAGAAGCUGCUCUCGACGAGCAGGAGGCCAACGUGACCGUCCCCACUGUUAUACUUGAGACAGUCAACGAAGAGCAAUCUGUGCUAUCGGUCUCAACUUCCUCCGGAUCAUACGGUGACGAAAACACGGCUCCUGUUGAGCACUCUGCGGCAGAGGAGUCUGAUACCGUCGAGAUGGAAGAUAUGCCUACUGAGGAGAACGCUGAAUGCCACGCCAAGUUGAUAGAUGAACCCGAAGAAUUUCACGACGACGAUGAACACAGCAUUCCUGAGCAUGCAGAAGAAGACGAAGGCGCCAUCAACGCCUCAUUGGAUGCAGAGGACCAGUUGUUUGAAGUCACUGCAGCCAGCAUCGAGACGUCGCCUUUCAAGAACGACCGUACUUCAGCCAAAGCCGAAUGUGCCGUUCAGGAAAUGGAUUUCAGCGUGACUCCGGUCCGCCCAGAUCCAGGUCUCCCGAGAUAUGUUCAUACUGUGGUGUCGAAGGUCCCGCUUCGUCCUGAAGGAGCUGUGCCUCCCGCUCCGUCGCCGCUUAAGGUGCAAAGAAAAAGACCAAGGUCGCUUUCUUCUUCGGACGUUCAAGCUGUCAAAAGACGUAGCUUAGGUUCCGGCUUUGAAGCUCGCUCAUUUGAUAUGGACCUCCUUGCAACUCCGAAGGCGAAUGUGGCGUCGGUCAUGUCGCCUCAGCGGCGCAUUCGUAGCGCGGCACCGAGUCCAGCAAAUUCACUCGCCACGGGUUUGACGACACCUGGUCAAAUGAGUUUCACCGCCGAGGACUUUGGCGAUAGCACGCUUGAUGGGUUCGACUUGCCGGAGGAAGAGCUGAUGUCCGACGAUGUUGAGGAGGCGGAAAUUGCUGAUCAGGAUGAGAGUGUCCUGAGUAUUGGUUCUGCGUUGUUCAAAACACCAGCUGCCACAUCGAAGAGAAGCAGCAUUGUUCCUGCCAGCGCGCAAUCAAAAGCGGCCACAACACCUCGCUACGCUAUGAGCACAAAGUCCAGUACUAGCCGGGUCUCUGCCACUCCAAAAUUCACGCCCUCAAAGGGAGCUACUCCCGCGUCCAAGACGCCUACAACUGUCACCAAAGCCAAAACGCCUGGCACUUCACAGAAGCCAAAGUUUGCGGCCAAAACUCCACAGACAGGCCGAAAUCCCUUGAAACCUGUCGGAACCGGGGUUCUCCAUGGAGCAAUUGUCCAUACCGAUAUCCACACGAGCGAAGGGAUGGACGCUUCGGCCUUCUACAUCGACCUGCUUACAUCUAUGGGGGCCCGAGUGGUCAAAGAGUGGAGGUGGAAUCCCAGAGCUAGCAUUGUUUAUGGCCCCUCUGACUCGGAUGGGCCAAUUGCGAACGUUGGCAUCACACACGUCGUCUACAAGGAUGGUGGAAAACGCACUUUGGAGAAGGUCCGCUCAGCCAAAGGCCAAGUUCUUUGCGUUGGGGUCGGCUGGGUCCUCGACUGCAUGCGGGAAGUCAAGUGGCUUGAUGAGUCUGCAUACGCUGUUGAUGCAAGCAUCAUGCCUCGCGGUGGAUCCAGGAGACGCAAGUCCAUGGAGCCUAGAAUGCUCGUCAACGAAAAUGGCCUUCUGUCUGCAAGCAGGGAGCACCAACGACGAAGCCUCUCCGCCGAGUAUGCGGGUUUGACUGGUGAGAUGAAGACGGAGUUGAUUAACACGCCCGUUAGAGGCAAUGAAGUACUUGGGCGCGUCGACCAUCUCGGAAGCGGCGUCGACGCCGGAGACGAAUCGGAAAUUAGUUCGACGUAUAACUCUCCAACCGCAGCAACAGUCUGGGGAGGUGGUGAUACAGCCAAUGUGGGUGUUCUGAUGGCCCAGCAGGACAGUGAGACGCCUGCUUCAGUCGAGUCCAGAAAGAUAACCACAGACGUGUCGACGCCAAAGUCUGUUUCCUUGGAUGUGGACUACGACCCUCGCACGGCUGCCACGCCGUUGACUCCUUACCUCAUUGCCAAAGGACGAGAGCUGGUGCAAAUGAGCGCUCCGCCCAAGCAGAUCAACAAGAGCAUCUUCGACCGUGAUGACGAUGAUGCCAGCAGCUCUGCUGCAGAGAAACCACAAGCAAAUGGUGGGAAGAAGUUCCAGGUCAAGAUGCAGGGCAAAUCGGGCAAAGGGUUGCUGGAUGCUAGGAGGAAGACUCUGGGUGUGGGUGUCGCCGGGAUGGGAUUUCAACCUCGUUUCGGGAGUCCAUUGAGAAAGGAGUAA